AUGGACGCCUGCCUGCAGAGAUCCAAGACCAGCGAGGGCUCCACGCCUACCACGCCCACCUCAUCUGAAGAAAUGGCAUCCUUCAUGCCUCGCCGUGUCGCUUAUUGGGAUAGCAAGCGCGGAAAGUGCAUCAAUUGCGAGCACGUCUUCCUCAAGAUACUGAGCCAGCACUCGGGUUUCUGCUCGGUGGACUGCAAGUCUAAUAUGAUCUACCCCGAAAACGUGAACCGCACCAUCCGCGCCAUGAACGACGCGGUGGUUGGGCGCCAGCUCGUCCGAGAGCAAGCAAUCACUGAAGAGCUGACGGCACAGCAAAAGCUGCGGCAGAUCGAAGUCAACCAGCAGCUCAAGCAACAGCCGAACCUGGCCUUUCCCAAGACCGAUGCCGAUGCCUCGCACAACUUGCUGCACACGCAGUCGUUCGCUAACUUCGACCUCGGGCCUCGACUGUUGGAAGGGAACACUGCCAAGUGGUCUUUUAGCGCCAUGUACUAA